GCGUUCGAAGUUCUGGUGAUUUUGGAGUGCUUCGCCGAACGUCUUGUGUCAUCGAGCGAGUGACCGGCAGUCGUGAGUCAAAGUGCAGUCAGUCACUUUGCUCGCUGCGCGGUGGGUGCGCCAAUCUCAGCAGCGAUGCUUCAUGAGUCAGUACCUAACAUCUCAACCACAACUACAGUAUCCCAACAUCAUCCGCAACUCUGUCACCAUGGCUUUCCGCGCUUCUCUCCGUGCGUCUGCUCCUUGCUCCAAGCUGAGCUCGUCAGCAUCAGCGCCUCUGCGAGUUCAGAGAGUCGCUGCGCCUCGCUCUUUCGCCCUCUCUCGCACGUACGCUUCGGGUCCCGCCGGUGGCGCUCACCCUCCUCCUGAUCAAGGCGGAUCUCGUUCCAAGGGAACCUCUACCGCCCUCAUCGCUUCGCUAGCUUUUCUAGUCACUGCGGGCGGUGCAUUCGCUCUGCUGGGCGGCGAUGACAAGUUUGCAGCGCUCGGCAUCGGCUCCACCGGUGCCAACAAGCUGAGCGGCAGCAAGGCCAAACUUGGAAGCCCUGGUUUGGCGGCACACAAGGAUGACUACCAAAAAGUCUACAAUGCUAUUGCUGAGAAGCUUGAACACGACCCGGAAUACGACGAUGGUCACUUUGGACCUGUCCUCGUUCGCCUCGCUUGGCAUGCUAGCGGCACGUACGACAAAAACACUGGCAACGGUGGCAGCAACGGCGCUACGAUGCGGUUCGCCCCCGAGGCGGACCAUGGAGCGAACGCUGGUCUGAUCCACGCCCGAUCCUUCUACGACUCUAUCCACUCCAAGUUUCCUUGGAUCACCUACAGUGAUCUGUGGACGCUUGGCGGUAUUGUCGCAGUCCAGGAAAUGGGCGGUCCCACGAUUCCCUGGAGACCCGGCCGCAAGGAUGGUGCUGCUGAGAAUUGCACGCCUGAUGGUCGUCUGCCAGACGGGGACAAGGGCUCUGACCACUUGCGCCACAUCUUCUACAAGAUGGGAUUCAAUGAUCAAGAGAUCGUCGCCCUUUCUGGUGCCCACGCUCUGGGAAGAUGCCACAAGGACAGGUCAGGCUUUGAUGGACCUUGGACCUUCUCUCCCACCACUUUCAGCAACGCCUACUACCAAUUGCUGUUGGAUGAAAAGUGGAACUUGCGCAAGUGGGAGGGUCCUAUCCAAUACCAAGACAAGAACACAAAGAGCCUCAUGAUGCUCACUACCGACAUGGCUCUUACCACGGACAAGUCCUUCAAACCUCACGUGCAGCGAUAUGCCAAGUCGGAGGAGGAGUUCUUCAAGGAUUUCUCAAAGGCUUACGCGAAACUUCUCGAAUUGGGUGUUCCCGCGACCAGCUGGCAGUCGGGCGAGCACCUCACUGAUGGCAAGCACCUGACUCUCAAGACCACCUCAGACCAAGGCCUUAACAAGUAGAGGGGACACUUCUCUACGAUCGACUCUCGAGCUCUUUAGAAGGAUAUACAUCAUCGACACACAAACAAUAGACGCGGUGAUCAGCGCGUGAUCCUAUAGAUUCUAGAGUAAUAGAAGCAGACGCCUAGAGAGCCGAUUUUGUUGACAAAGCACCUCGAACACGAAGCGCUUGCGUUGCGAUGUUGACUUGCUCUGCUGCGUAUCUGAAUGAUCACUUGCGAUAGAAGUUGCGCUGAAA